AUGAACCGUCUCUGCAUCUCCCCUUCUCUCACCCUCACUCACCACCUCCCCCACCACCAUCAUUCCGGCAAGUACCCGCCGGCGGCGGCGGCAUUCUUCAACAAGCUGUCCUCCCUCCCACUAAAAUCAUGCUUCUCUCAGUUCUGCUAUCUCCUCUCCAUCUCCCUCGUCGGGUACUGCAUCCUCAACUCCCUUAACACACGACCUACUGGCACUGCCUCCGACGACAUCCCUGGAACCCUCGACUACUUCUUCACCUCGAUCUCCGCCACCACCAGCUCCAGCAUGGCCUCCGUCGAGAUGGAGGUCUUCUCCGACUCCCAGCUCCUCCUCAUCACCUUCCUCAUGUUCCUCGGCGGCGAGGUCUUCACCUCCCUCCUCGGCCUGGUCAUAAAAAACUAUAAAAUGAGGAAGGAGGUGACCAGACUCGUUUCUGCCAGUAACAACGACGGCAGAAACGAGCCCACACCCUUCAAUCCGCGUUACGAGCUGGAGCUGAGAGCGGUAGUGGUCCCGCUCUCUGUCCCAGACAUUCUUCCGGCUCAUCAUCAAAACCACCACCACAACACCACCACCAAGGAGGACUGGUCAGAAGUACAUCUGAAGCGGAAGUCGAUUCAGUUCCUGUGUUAUGUGACGUUGACUUAUCUCACGUCGAUUCACGUCCUGGGCAUUUUUUCGCUCUCUCUAUACCUGGCGCUCGAACCGAGCGCCAGGAACGUACUGAGGGAGAAAGGACUCGGGACGUUCACUUUCUCCCUCUUCACCGUGGUCUCCACAUUCACCAACUGCGGGUUCCUCCCCACGAACGAGAACAUGAUCCCGUUCGGGAGGAACCCGGGGAUGCUCCUCCUCCUCAUCCCUCAUGUUCUGUUGGGGAACACUCUGUCCCCGCCCUGCAUCCGCCUCUGCGUCUGGCUGGCGGGGAAGUUGUUCCCCAAGAACAACGCAGAACGUUAUUCGAAAUUCCUGCUCGAGGUAAAGCGCGAUGGGGUGACGAACGGGAUUAUCCUCUCGGGGAGGCACUCGGCGUAUCUGGCGGCGACGGUGGCCGGGUUCGUGGCGGUGCAGUUUGUGAUGUUCUGCGGGUUGGAUUGGGACUCGGAAGGGAUGAAGGGGCUGAAUCCGGUUCAGAAGCUGGUGGGUGGGGCUUUCAUGGCGAUGAAUUCGAGGCACGCCGGAGAGAGCAUCGUGGAUUUGUCGACGAUUUCGCCGGCGGUUCUGGUGGUGUUCGUCGCUAUGAUGUAUCUUCCUCCAUACACGUCGUUCCUGCCCACAGAAAGAGAAGAGGAAGAAGAGGACAGAAACAGUCGUAGUGAUAAUAAUACUAUUCAAAAUAGCAACAGUACUACUGGAGAGAAAAGGGCGGGAAAUAAUAAUAUUGUGGAGAAUGUGAUAUUCUCGCCGCUCUCUUUUCUGGUCGUCUUCGUCGUCAUGGUGUGCAUCACCGAGAGGGAAAGCUUGAAGAAAGAUCCCCUCAAUUUCAACGUCUUCACCAUUGCCUUCGAAGUUGUCAGUGCAUAUGGGAAUGUUGGGUAUUCGAUUGGCUACAGCUGCAAGAGAUGCAUAAACCCUGUCGAGAAUUGCAAGGACAAAUGGAUCAGCUUCUCUGGGAAAUGGAGCAACCAAGGCAAGAUCGUCCUCAUUCUGGUCAUGCUCUUCGGCAAGCUGAAGAAGUUCAACGUCAAUGGCGGCAAGGCCUGGAAACUCCUUUGA